AUGGCAUUCGUCCCCCUUACACUAAUCUUAGGGUCUUUGGUUUUGCAUGUUUUGUUCUUCUCCAACCUCGUGAACACAACAAACUUGAACCUCGUUCACGUCUUUGUUGCUUCUUGGGAUCUGUUUUCUGAUAAGAUUGAUACAGGGCUCCUGCCUGCACCUUUCGAGACAUCCUUGCCUACUGGUCUUUCCCGUGAGCCUGCUCGCUCUGCUGGUCCUCCUCUCGCUCCAUCGGGAUCUUCACGUCCUAUUGAGUCUCUCUCAUGCCCUCUUGCUCCUCUCUCCUCCACUCACCCACACCGAGUAACACAACCUUCUACUCGCCUUCGUGAUUAUAUUACAAAACUCAUACUUGGGAUGUUGUUGAUCUUCCCCCUUACAAGACUGUCAUUGGCUACAAAUGGGUGUACAAAAGACUCUGAUGGCUCUAUUGAGAGAUACAAAGCUCGUCUAGUUGCUAAAGGCUUCAACCAGGAAUAUGGUAUUGAUUAUGAGGAGACCUUUGCUCCUAUUGCAUGUCUUACCUUUGUUCACAACUUAAUUCUUAUUGCUACCAUCCGUUAA